AUGGCAAACUCCAAGUAUGAAUACGUGCGCAAUUUCGAGCGCGAUGAACAUCUAUUGCCCAAUACGUGGAUUGUGGUGAGGAUUGACGGCCGAGGAUUUCACAAAUUCUCCCAUCAUUAUGGCUUCAAGAAACCCAACGACGCGCGAGCUCUCGACGUCAUGAACCUCGCGGCGCAACACGUCGUGAAAAUACUGCCGGACGUUAUUCUCGCGUACGGCGUGUCGGACGAGUACAGUUUUGUUUUCCACAGGUCGACGGCCCUGUUUGAGCGACGCAACGCGAAACUCGUGAGUACGGUCGUCAGCACCUUUACGGCGGCGUAUGUGAUGAUGUGGUCUUCCUUCAAACUCGACGACCGGGGCGACGGCAAACUCGACAUCGAUAUGCUCCCCACUUUUGACGCGAGGGCAGUGUGUUAUCCGUCAUGGGAGAAUUUGAGAGAUUACCUAUCUUGGAGACAGGUUGACUGCCACAUCAACAACCUUUACAAUACUACCUUUUGGUCACUCGUGCAACAGGGCGGAAUGUCACAGACUGAGGCGGAGGAGUUCCUCAAGGGGACACUGGCGAGUGACAAGAACGAAAUUCUCUGGUCAAGGUUUGGUAUCAAUUACAAUGAUGAACCGGAGAUGUUCCGCAAGGGGUCGGUGGUGUAUCGGGAGUAUGCACUGGAGAAUACGCCGUCGACGAACACGAAUACGAACAUCAACACACGCACUCGCAGUGGUGGCGGGCAGGGGAGGACAAAGGGGCCAGAGAAGAAAGUCGAGGUCGAGGUCGAGACUAAUGAUGAUCAUGUUGAGGGGGAUGUUGACGAUGACGGUGACGACUUACGAGACAACAGCGAGAAACAGGUCCUGUCCAAGACGCAGGCGGAAAAGAUGCGUAAAGCGAGGCAAAGAGCAAAGAUUGUCACGGCGCAUGUGGACAUUAUCAAGGACGAGUUCUGGGUGAGGAGACCAUGGUUGAGAUCCGGCAGACCUGGAAGACCGAUUGAGUGA